UCUCAGAUUCUCUGUUUGCUGGGAUCUUAGUUUCCUUUGCUGAAUAGUGGGGGUUCUCAAUUUUCAUGGCUCCACUCUUUUAGUCUUCCUCAGGUUUAUGGUGACUCCAUGUUUUUUUGUGAUUGAUAUUGUUGCCUAACAAAAAGGGUAAGAAGGAGAUACGUGGGGGACUAGCUUUUCUGGGAAAUGACUUUUAUCCUCUUUGCUUGGGAUUGGGAGCUGAGAAAAUGUUAAUGGAGACCAACUGAAAAACAAGUGGCAUUAUUUGGCAUCCGAGAAGUCUCUGGUAAAGAGAAGUCAAGUCAACUUUUAACUCUGCCGUAGUUGGAUUGAGUUCUUCAAAAUUCAUUAUUAGCAUAAGCAUUUUUCUGGUGUCAUUGAAUGUUGCAGAUUGGAUGGAGAGGAACUUAUUCAGGCAUUUGAAAUUGAAUUGAAAUGGGUAUGGAAGCAUUCCUUGAUCAGAAGGCUUAGGAAAUUUCUGCAACCCUUCUGCCAACAUCAGUUGGUGUUAUUGUUUCAUGUGAAGAAAAGGGGUCUUAUUUCCUUGCCUAAAUUGUAUUGUGAGAUGAUGGUUCUAGAUAUGUUCACUUCUGGUCCUACCACAGAAGCCAUUUCUCAAAUCAUAGAUAUAAUUUCUGAGUUCCUAUUUUAUGCUAGUGAUGUCCUUGUGAAGAAGGAUAGUUUUAAGGAUUUUGCAUCUUACAUGGAAAGAAUUAUGCCUAUCUUAAAAGAAUUGAAGAAAGAAAAAGUCAGUGAUUCUGAGACAUUCAACAGUGCCAUUGAGGUUAUGAAUCGUGAAGUUAAACAUGCAAAGCAACUGGCGCAAGAAUGCAGCAAGAGGAGCAAAGUUUAUCUCCUAAUGAACUGCAGGUCCAUUGUUAAGCGCUUAGAAAACCACACAAAGGAGAUAAGCAGGGCACUUAGUCUUCUUCCUUUAGCCACAUCAGGUCUUUCUUCAGGAAUAAUUGAAGAGAUUGAAAAGCUAUGUGACAAUAUGCAAAAAGCUGGGUUUGAGGCAGCUUUAGCAGAAGAAGAGAUUUUAGAGAAAAUUGAGUCAGGGAUAAGGGAAAACAAUGUUGAUAGCUCUUAUGCCAAUAAUUUGCUGAUUCUCAUUGCAGAAGCUGUUGGGAUUAGAAAUGAGAGAUCAAUAAUGAAGAAAGAACUUGAUGAGUUUAAGAAUGAAAUUGAAAAUGCCCGCGUUAGGAAGGACUUGGCUGAAGCUCUACAAAUGGAUCAGAUCAUUGCUUUGUUGGAAAGGGCUGAUGCAGCAUCAUCACCUAGGGAAAAGGAACUCAAAUACUUUGCCAAACGCCAGUCGUUGGGUACUCAAAUCCUGGAGCCUUUACAGUCAUUUUAUUGCCCCAUCACCCAAGAUGUUAUGGUGGACCCUGUAGAAACUUCAUCAGGGCAAACAUUUGAGAGAAGUGCAAUAGAGAAGUGGUUUGCAGAAGGAAACAAAUUGUGUCCCCUGACCUUGAUUCCUUUAGACACAUCAAUUUUGAGACCUAACAGAACUUUGAAACAAUCCAUAGAAGAAUGGAAGGAUAGAAAUACAAUGAUUACAAUUGCUACACUGAAAGAAAAGAUACAGUCUGGAGAUGAUAAUGAAGUGCUCCACAGUCUGGGAACUCUCCAGGAUUUGUGUGAACAAAAAGACCAACACAGGAAAUGGGUGAUACUGGAGAAUUACAUACCAGCUCUUAUCCAAAUUCUUGGUUCAAAAAACCGUGAUAUAAGGAAUUAUGCUCUUGUCAUCCUUUCCAUGCUGGCAAAGGAUAAUGAAGAAGCUAAGGAAAGAAUUGCAACCGUUGAUAAUGCAAUCGAAUCAAUUGUCCAUUCUCUUGGACGUCGUCAAGGGGAAAGGAAGUUUGCAGUGGCUUUACUGCUCGAAUUAUGCAAAUAUGAUUUGGCACGAGAAAACAUUGGAAAAGCUCAAGGUUGCAUACUGCUAUUGGUGACUAUGUCUAGUGGAGAUGACAAUCAAGCUGCCAGAGAUGCAACGGAGCUAUUGGAGAACCUUUCAUACUCAGAUCAUAAUGUUAUACAGAUGGCAAAGACAAAUUAUUUCAAGCAUUUAUUGCAGCGUCUCUCCACAGGACCAGAUGAUGUAAAGAUGGUUAUGGCCACAACUUUAGCAGAAAUGGAGUUAACUGACCACAAUAAGGAGUCCUUGUUUGAUGGUGGUGUGCUGCCUCCUCUUCUUUACUUGGUCUCACAUAAUGAUCUUCAGGUGAAAACAGAGGCCAUCAAAGCUCUUCGGAAUCUAUCCAGUUUAAAGAAAAAUGGACUGGAAAUGAUUGGUCGAGGGGCUGUGCGACCAUUACUUGACCUCCUUUUCCAUCGCAGCAUACAAACCUCAAGUUUGUGGAAAGACGUAGCUGCCAUAAUUAAGCUACUUGCUGAAUCAACUAUCUCUCAAGAAGAUGCUCAAACACCAGUUUUAUUACUAGAAGUUGAUGAUGAUGUUUUUAACCUCUUCUCUUUAAUUAGUGUCACACCGCCUGAUGUGCAACAAAACAUUAUCCAGACCUUUCAUGCCUUGUGUCAGUCACCCUCGGCUUCAUAUAUCAGGACCAAGCUAAAAGAGUGCUCAGCUGUUCCAGACUUGGUUCAAUUGUGUGAGAACGAAAACCAAAACCUGCGAGCAAGUGCUGUAAAGUUGUUUUCUUGCUUGGUAGAGAGUUGUGAUGAAGCCAUCAUACUGGAGAAUGUUGAUCAGAAAUGCAUCAAUACUUUACUCCGGAUCCUGAAAUCUUCAUCUGAUGAAGAGGAAAUACUUUCUGCUAUGGGAAUAAUAUGCCAUCUUCCAGAAAUUCACGAGAUAAGUCAAUGGCUUCUGGAUGCUGGUGCACUUCAAAUCAUUUAUAAUUGUGUCCGAGAUGGGAGAGACAGAGAUAUUCAAAAGAGUAAGUUAGUAGAGAAUGCCAUUGGUGCCUUGUGUCGUUUUACAGUUCCAACAAACUUGGAAUGGCAAAAGAGUGUAGCUGAAACUGGGAUUAUAACUGUGUUAGUGCAGUUGCUUGAAAGUGGAACCACAUUAACAAAACAACGUGUGUCACUGUGUCUUACUCAAUUUUCUAAGAGUUCACUUCAACUGAGCAGGCCAAUACUCAAGCGCAAAGGACUAUGUUGUUUCUCAGCUCCAGCUGAAAUUAGCUGCAUAGUUCAUGGAGGAAUAUGCAGUGUCAAAUCAUCAUUUUGCCUUUUGGAAGCUAAUGCAGUAACACCACUCACAAGGACUCUUGGGGAAUCUGACCCUGGAGUUUGUGAGGCUUCUUUGGAUGCUCUAUUAACAUUAAUUGAAGGUGAAAGACUACAGAGUGGUAGUAAAGUGCUUGCAGAAGCAAAUGCCAUACCACUAAUAAUAAAAUUUCUUGGUUCCCCCUCUACUGGAUUGCAGGAGAAGUCUCUGAAUGCUUUGGAAAGGAUUUUUCGGCUAGUGGAGUUCAAACAGAUGUAUGGAGCCUCAGCUCAAAUGCCUCUAGUUGACUUAACUCAACGGGGUAAUGGUAGUGUGAGAUCCAUUUCAGCUAGAAUAUUGGCACAUUUGAACGUGCUUCAUGAUCAAUCUUCAUAUUUCUAAAAAAAAAAUAUAAAAUGUUGGUUCAAUUCAUGUGCUGAGGAGCUAACCAUGUGGAAUAGCCUUCCCUUGAUGCUUUAACUGUUCAUGGCAUCAAUGAUUGCAAACUAAAUGCUUGGAUUUGUGCAACAGCAUGAUGUGGUUUCACCUGCCAGGAGAACCUGACAUUAUGUUCCUCAAUCUUGUAACUAUGUGACCAUAGAGUUUGCAACUUUGCAUUUGGCUAGUUCUCAUGGAGAACCACUUUAGCUCUUGUACCAUAUAGAUAUAGGUGACCUAUGUUCAGUUUGGUCUGUUGGUGUAUACAGGCAACAGCACCAUUGGACAUGCAGGGAUUUAUUUGAGGCCUAUAUUAAACGCCUCAUAUUAGCUUGUCCAUUUGAAGAUUGAUUGUAUUCUAUUCUUUGCUAUUUGAACUCAUUGUUAUUCUUCUUAUACAGUGAAAAAUGUAACCAGAUAUUUGAC